UUCCGCCGAGAAGUUUAUUUCCCGCACCGCCUUCCGCGUGGAAUGGUUGAACGCGUAGAAAACUUCGAAGUGACAAUGAAGCCGAUGUCGGUUCGUGAGAUUAUUGUUAUAGCUUUGUUUCUCUGCUCACGGUGUGUUCGAGGGCUGGAGGAUUGCAGAAGUGGCAUGUAUCCACCCAAAGGACCGACGUUUAAAGGUAACGUGACCUGGUACACAGUUGAUCUCGAUUUGCCUCCUGGUGAGAGAUGGACGCACGUGAUCAAAAACAAAAACACAGAGUGUUUUAAAACAAGCAGGCUAUGGUUGUCUUUACACUAAUCGUGUUGCAUUACAGUUGAUCACUAUGGUGCAAACGAUAAAAGAUCUGGCCAAGGGCUUUUUAGAUGGGAAACUUGUUGAUUUAGUAGACCAGGAGCUGCCUUUGAUUGUGGAUACACUUCCACAACCUUUCAGUGACGAAAUUAAGGGAAUAGCAGCGGUUUCUGGCAUCCCUCUAGGUGAAAUCACACUCUUCAAUAUCUUUUAUGAGGUGUUCACUGUUUGCACAUCAAUUGUUGCAGAAGACUUAAACGGAAAUAUUUACCAUGCCCGCAAUUUGGACUUUGGACUGUUUAUGGGGUGGGAUCAGCAGAAUAAAACAUGGACUUUAACAGAGAAGCUUAAGCCUCUUGUGGUGAAUGUCCGUUUCCAAAGAGGCAACAAAACCAUCUUUAAAUCAACCAACUUUGCCGGAUAUGUUGGCAUGCUUACUGGAAUUAGACCUGGCGAAUUCAGUCUAACAAUGAAUGAGCGUUUCAACUUUGAUGGGGGUUAUGUAGGGAUUCUGGAAUGGAUUCUUGGCAAGAGAGAUGGAAUGUGGAUGGGUUUUCUCACUCGGAAAGUUCUGGAAAAUGCUACCAGUUAUGAGGAUGCCAAAAACCAGCUCUCUCUGACGAAACUGCUUGCGCCAGCUUAUUUCAUCUUGGGUGGUAACCGAGCAGGUCAGGGUUGUGUUAUAACCAGGACGAGAGUAAACACACUAGACGUAUGGGAACUUGAUAUGAAGCUUAGGAGAUGGUACGUCCUGGAAACAAACUACGAUCACUGGGAAAAGCCUAUGAUACUAGAUGACCGCAGAACACCAGCAAUGAAGUGCAUGAAUCAAACCACGCAAGCGAACAUUUCUUUGGCAUCAAUAUAUGAUGUACUGUCAACAAAACCAGUUCUUAAUAAGCUGACCACCUACACGUCACUGAUGGAAGUGUCAACUGGAUCUCUGGAGUCUUAUAUCAGAGACUGUCCUAAUCCUUGUACACCAUGGUGACGUGCCAUCAAAUCUUAACGAAGCCAUAUGAAAUGCUCUUCUGGAUAACUGUUAUUACAGGAUGGCGUAUAAGAAAAGGAGGAUGUAAAAAAUCGUUAUGGUUGCAAUUCUACCUCUGACCUUGCACAUAUCUCUUCUCUCGGACAUGUCUGUUGUAAGCGCUUUACCACUGCAACGUUCGCCUGGUUGUGCAAAAAUCUUUUUUGUAACAAAUUCUGAAUAACCAUGCAUUUUAAAUAGAAUAUUUUUUUUCCUUGAGUAUUUCUUUUUCUUUGGUGUUUUGAUGAUAUACAGUAAGGAAACCUAUUUUCCUGAAGUUCUUGGUAAUAAUGCUGAAAAGUGUUUUCAUGUUAUUUAUACCGACUGUCUCUUCCUGGGACUGUAUUGAAUGUGUACAUGGAGGUAUUUAAGUUACAAACGUUAGUUUUCCAACAUGUUUUUUUUGUUGUUGUUGUUUUUUUACAGUAUUGAAUUAUACCCCAAAUGUAAUAUAAAAAUGUGAAUAACUAUAAUAAAAUGUUUUGUCAAAAUGUUA